AUGAGUUUUGUUGGUCAAGAUCAAUCGUCCAAUAUCAGUCUUGCUGGAAUGUAUACCCAACUUAUAAUAAAUAGUGUCUUGGGAAUAUCUAUAUUAAUUGCAUUUAGUUUCUUGAGACCACGUAAUGGUAUAGUGUAUGCACCAAAAGCAAAUUAUACACUUGAGAAGAAUCAAGUCUCACCAAAAAUUAAAGAUGUCGAUAAUCCACUUCAACAACUUACAGUAGCAAAUAUUAAGAAUGUAAAUUGGUUAUGGGCAAAUGUGACAUUCACGUGGUUAUUUUCUGCACUAUUGUAUUAUAGAUUGUUUAAAGAAUGUAAUUACCACUAUGACUUACAUAAGAAGUUUUUCAAGUCUAAUAAGUACCAAAGAUCUCUAUACGCAUGCACUCUGUUACUCAAGAAUCUUGGUAAUCACAUACGUAAUGAUGACGAUCUGAGAAAUUAUGUAUUGUCGAUCAAGAAUAAAUUUGAAUUAAGAGAAUCUAGAAUCUCUAAAGAGAUUGGUAACUUACCAAAACUAAUUAAAAAAAGGAAAAAAUAUAUACAAAAACUCAAAUAUGUUAUUACACAGAGCAAUCCUAACUAUAUCACAUCCAAAGAAAUAGAAAAUGUUAAAAAAUAUACCAAUAACAUCGAACAAUUGGAUAAUAAUAUAAAUAGAAUACAUACUGACAAAUCAGGGCGUGAACUGUUAAAUCAUGGGGUUGUGUCAUUCACUAGAAUUACAAGUGCUCAUAAGUUCAUGAAUAUUAAAAAUAUUGAAACUACAUUGCCAUUUACACAUGGUAUAAGCAAAGAUGUUUUCAUUUCUGGAUUCAUGGAAACGUAUUUUGCACCGUUAGUAAUGGUUAUCUUCUUCUUAUUAUUACCCGACCUGUUUCAUAAAGUGGCAAUGUUUCAAGGUAAAAUUAGCAAGACAUCAUUGGAUCGUUUAGUUAUUGGUAAACUAUAUUUUUUCUUUAUCCUAAAUAACAUCAUUAUAUUCACAAGUGGUACCACAUUAAUGGAUUUAUGGACUAAUGUUUGGAAAAAAAUUAAUAAAGAUGAUUCAGGAAUUGAUGACGUUUACUCGGUAAUUGAAAAGACAUAUGUUUUAAAACAAAUUACAAGUUCGAUAAUAAAAGUAUCAAGCUUCUGGAUAAAUUAUAUUUCAUUACGUGGAUUUAGCACAGUAUUUGAUCUGGCACAAGUUACGUCAUUCGUAACAAAAUAUAUCACUCGUCUAUUUAUCAAACCUACACCACAUAAUAUUCUCAAAUAUAAGAAACCUCCAUAUUUCAAUUACCCUGCAUAUUAUAAUAUAUAUCUUUUCUUUUUCACUAUUGGUAUACUUUACAGUAUGAUAGCACCUCUCAUACUUGUAUUUUGUCUUGGUUAUUUUCUACUAUCACUUAUAAAUAAUCACAUCGAUAAUACUCUGGCAGGUGGUAAUGAUUGGAGUUAUGAAUCUGAAGGGUGCAUGGAUUCACUCGUUAGUUAUCAUACCAUUGCCAAUAAUUACGGGAGAAUGGAUACGACAAACGAUGAAAGUCUGGAAAUAUUUGAACACCCUUCUUCUAAAUCUGAUCUUAUUAACCCAAUGAUCCAUACUGAUAAUGAAGAUUCCCUUUAUGAAUUUUAUCGUGGAGAACAUAUUAACAAAAUAAAUAAUAGACACUAUUCAUAUAAUACCAAGAGAUUUUUAUCUAUUAAAAUAG